UUGUCAGCCUCUUCAGAUUUCGCUCGUGUUAAUAAACUGCUGAUGGUUGCUUCCUUGUGUUGUUUCGGUAGAGAUUUGAUUAACUAGUUCGCUUAGAAUAACGGAACAUAAAACAACGAUAUUUCUGCUCUGAUUUAUUCUAUAUCGCUUAAUUCAGUGGCUAGUGAUCAAGCUUUUACUUUUUAGUAAAUUUUGCGAAAUGUAUUUUUCGGUUGACUGGGAACAACGGCUUUAUGUUUCUGAUGUUAAUAGUUGCUAUGCGAAUUUUGAACUGAUGUUGGAUCAUGAAUGGUCUAUUAUAUGUUUUUUAGUCCGUGGUACCCCUUAUGAACCAGAAAUAAUUGAUUCCAUUGAAAUUCAUCGAAAAAAUAAAAAUGAUGGACUUUUCAUUUCCGGGGAGCUGAAAUUUACGAUCAAUGGCCGUCAGGUUUGGGAAAAGAAUUUCACCGAAUUUAUCAGACCUGGAUAUUCAUUUAGAAAGAUAGGUUCCAUUCCCAAUCAUUAUUUAUCUAAAAACACAGAAUGUCGGCUGUGUGGUCAUGUGCAUAUCAAAGAUAAUGGUAAGAAGUAUGCAAAUGGGGAAUCCGAUAAACGAUUCCAGUUGAAAUCUCUGGAAGAAUUAUCGAAUGAUUUCAAGCGAUUAUUGGAUCCAGAGACAUCUUGCUUCUCAGAUGUGAUCUUGAAAUGCGGUGGUGCCUCCAUUGCAGCGCAUAAAAACAUCCUGUCUGCGCGAUCUCCCGUCUUCGCAGCAAUGUUUUCGAACCCAAUGAAGGAAAGUCACAAAAAUGAAGUGAAUUUCACCGACAUAGAAGCGUCUGUUCUACAAGCCAUGCUGGUUUACAUGUACACUGGGAAAUAUGGCAACUUGACAGCUUCGUCGGCUGCUGACCUAUUGUUCGCUGCUGACAAAUAUCAGCUUCAAGAUCUCAAAAGAAUCUGUUGUGAUGUCCUAAAGGAUACUGCGUCCCAUCAAAAUGUGUUGAAAGUUCUUGUCCUGGGUGACUUGCACUCCGAUGACCUGAAAACUUUUGCAACGGAUUAUAUCUGCAAACACCAUGCCAAGUUUGCUCUUAUAGAAACAACAGAAGAAUGGAAAUCCCUUCAAAAAGAAAGGCCCGGUUUAGUUAACGAUGUUUUGAUAUCCUUAAUACAUUCUAUGAACAAAAACCUAUUAGGAUAAAAACUGAAGAUUAUAGAAAACAUCCCUACCUAUCUUAAAUAUCCAUAGCACAUGUAUUUUUUAAAAAUUUAUAUACCGAAGAAGCGAAGUUUGGAUGGUUAAAGUGCAUUUCGAUUUUUUUUUUCUAUUAAAGUUAAUUAUUAAUGUG